AUGUCUCAGAAGACUAUCCACAUAUGUAUGCUCGGAUCCGGUGGUGUCGGCAAGACAGCUAUUACACUUCAAUUCGUUAGAAACGAAUUCUCUGAAACUUAUGUCCCAACAAUCGAAGACGAAUUCCAGAAAAACAUUUCUAUUGAUGACGAAACCGUUGUUUGCGAAAUCGUAGAUACAGCCGGCCAGGAAGACUUCAAGGAGCUUCGUAGCCGUUACAUUCAAGAAUGCGAGGGCUUUGCUGUCGUUUAUGCAGUUGAUGACGAGUCUUCACUCAAUUUCAUUAGCGAAGUUUAUGACGAUAUCGUCCGCGUAAAGAAUACACAGAAGCCACCUAUUGUCAUUCUUGGUAACAAGUGCGAUCUUCCAGCACCACAUGCCGUCCCACUUGAAAAGGCCAAGGCUAAGUCCGCUAGCUCAUGGAAUAACGCUGAAGUAUUAGAAACAUCAGCUAAGCAGAACAAGAACACUACCCUGAGCUUCGAAAAGAUCUGCCGCCUUGUUUUGAAUAAGAAUGCUCCAGCUGCUAAGGAGGGCAAGAAGAAGGAAGAAGAAAAGGGUUCUAGCGACGGAUGCUGCGAAAUUCAGUAA